AUGAGUCAUUCAUAAACACCUUACGUAAUACAAGAACAUGACCAAAAUGAAAACAUGUGAAUCACACGACCAAACAAUCAGACCUGUAAUCAGAUUGAUCUAUAAAAAACAACAACAGUAAUAUCUGCACUCCAUUUAAUCUCCACAUACCCAUAAAAAACGAAGUUUGCCUAUGGCACCAUUGUCCAUUACAAAAAUACUCAUUUCCAUGCAUAACUUCUGGCGCCUGUGUCUUGAUCGCUGACAGAGAUUAAAUGAGCUGAUCAAAACAAUACAUAAAAAUAUGUACUAAAAAUAUACUUUCCCAUAUCACAGCACCCAAACUUGCUAUCAUGGUUUUAUCUCUGAACUGGCGACAGAGUUACUCUGUAAACACUACUGGCAGAUAAAGUGUUAUGAAGAGAGAGAGAGAGAGAGAGAGAGAGAGAGAGAGAGAGAGAUGGUAAGCCAGCCAUUACAACACUUCAUGCAAUAAGCACCACACAACACAUGUAAUAUACAAGUACUGCCUUGAAAUUCAAAGUUUCACCAUUUUUCUGUCAAGCUAUCUCUCUAUCUUCUGUGACCUAUACCAAAUACCAGUAAUUUUCCACAGGAAACUGAAAUAGUAAAAUCAAGCCUUCAGUAGUACAUUAAUUUCUCAAAGAUUGGAAGGCACUUUUCCUAGAAUUGACAAGAAAUAUCUUGUUGCAAUCUUUAUAUUUUCAACCAAUAGGAAGAACAGCUGCCUAUUUAAAUACUUUCUCAGCUUUCAUCAUGCUGCUCACUAACUGACGCAAAAUGUACCAGAUAAAAAGAAGAGAUACUCUGCCUCUCUCCUCUGCAGACGUCAUAAGUACUGUUCUGUGAAAAAGACAGGAAGAACAUGUGUACGAAUCCUAACAUUUUUUUUUUUUAAUGUAUAUAAUACACAGACACUUAUUUAUCAUUACACACACAUUUUUUUUUAAUUGAACCUAUUAUGUGGAAUUAAAUAGGUACACUCUGCUAUUAGUGCUUGCAAUUUUGGGAGCCUUUUCUGAAUUAAUGUCCCCUUCUUGGAAAAGACUUCAAAAUAAAGAAUGACUAGAUUUUGAAGACAAAUAUUCUGACAUUUCUAAAAAUGCAGCCACUGUGAUAACUAUCUACUUAGUAAGUUCUGAUUAGAUUAUCCCAAUGAAUGAUAUUUGGUUACUGGGUUAUAAGGUAAAGGUGGCCUUAUCAUCCACUAACGUAUAACCAUGACAUCAGCUAUAUUAUCAGGUGUAUAAAUACACUCUCUCCUCUGGGUUUAUGCAUUCUUAGUUUCAAUUCCACGUUGGAGCUUUCAGUUCCAUUUUCCUCAGGCCAUUUCAUUUGGUAUUGCUAGUAGUACCACUGAAUUCAUUAAAGGUAUGGAUACAAAAACCUUACUGUACAUUCUGGUGACCAUUUCUGCAUGUGGGGGAUUGACGAUUCCUGAAAGAACAACGCGGGAGGAGGCAAAGCACUCUGGGAUCCUCCCCCCUCUGCCAUCCCCAAUCUGGAAGAGUUAUGCUCAGAACAAAGUUGAAUUCUUCCAACAGCAUCUAAAGAGUGACACCAAAGACUGGCCUUCGUUGAGUGUUUCAUCUUCAAAAGGGAUCAGUGUUCAUCCUCAAAGUAAACUCCUUACAGAAACACCUAAGGAGAAGGGUAGCCUAGCUGUUAGGCCUCACGAUGUCUUUUCCAACUGGGUAUCAAGGAAAGUGCCUGAUAAAGUAUCACAUGUCAGGAAAGUCACUGGCAAAUCAGACAAUCUUUCUGAGACAGCCCCCGAGUCCCUGAGGAAUCUUCUGAAUAAGCUGAACCAAAAGCUCCCUCUCAAUCCAAAACAAGACUCCCAAGACUGUUCCAACGUGUGUCCCCCAAGUGAGGAGUUCUGGCCCUGCCAGUGUGACCCGUGCUCCAAGGUCAUCAACUGCUCUGCUGUUACGAAUCUGAACCAACUACAGGAGCUCUUUCACACAGUCUCCUUUCCGAUACAAAAUUACACCAAAUUCCUGAUGAUACAAUAUGAGUUCCCUUCAGUGAAAAACCAGACCUUACUCACAGACAACCUCUUUGGUGGAGUUUCUUUCAUCAAUAUUGCAAUUGAGAAUACCCUUGUUGAGAGUAUAGCAGCCAAUGCCUUUGCUGGAAGUGAGGGGACACUCGAGGAAAUCUCCUUGCAGUAUAACAUUCAUCUUCGACACUUCCCCUUUGAAGAGAUGGUUCACUUCACAAGUCUCAAGACCUUGAGAAUCGCGGGCAGCAGCCUCUCAAGCAUCCCUGUUCUCAGCCGUGUCCCUCAGCUACAGAAUCUUUACCUCAACGAGAACAAAAUUACAAACAUUUCUCCAAUGGCCUUUGCAGAUCUACCAACUUUGGAAGUGCUUGACAUUGGACUGAACCAACUUGAGACAAUCAAUGCACAUACAUUUUACUUAUCUGCCAAGACUGUCCUGGUCUUUCUCGACCACAACAGCAUAAACUCCAUUGAAGAAAAGGCAUUUAGCAAGGAACAGCCAACAAUCUUGGACAUUUCCUAUAAUCACCUACCUGUUCUUGAGGAGACUAUAUUUACGCCAAUCCUUGACACUGUCAUGAGCAGCGAUUUCGAUGGCUACAUUAAUGCUGAAGAGAACCCUCUACAUUGCAAUGACAUUCUCUGGCUCCAGCAGUAUCCAACCUAUUACUUGUACCUUUUCCUGUCUGAGCCUGGUUGCUGAUCCUUUUUGUGGCCGUUGAUAAGAGUAUUUGAACUGUAUAUAUGUAUGUCACACAGGCACACGCACACACACAGGCACACAGGCACACACGCACACACACACACACAGGCGCACACACACACACACACACACACACACACACACACACACACACACACACAUUGUAUAUAUACACAUUAUACAUACUGGUAACCUGUAACUGUUUACCUGUCUAAAGGGGGCAAAUUUACACAUUUAUUUAUUUAUUUAUUUCCUACUUGUAUUGUGUCCCUAUGCCCCUCUUUUUCUACUGUGUUGGCACCAAUUCUGCCAUAUAAUAACUUAUAAUACAAAAUAUAGAUCAAAAGUGUUUUUAAUUGUGGAAAAAUCAAUUCACUUCAAACUUUGAAAGGAAAGAUAGAAAGAAAGAGAGUGAGGAAUGUACAUAUGAAAAAGAAAAGAAGAAGAAGAAAAAAAACCCCCACUAUUUUGGCUGAACACAUUUGUAAUAUUGUAUAUUCCAGUGACAGUGUGUGUGUGUGUGUGUGUGUGUGUGUGUGUGUGUGUGUGUGUGUGUGUGUGUGUGUGUGUGUGUGU